ACUGCCGCUUUAAUAGCACACGUUUAACAACCGGCACCAUGAACACACUGCUCCUUGUGACUGCUGCUUUGAUAGCCUCUUCAGUGGCAUUUCCACUUGAAGAUGAUGAUAAGAUAAUCAAUGGCUAUGAGUGUCCUGCUCAUUCACAGCCUUGGCAAGCCUUUCUGACCACAGACAACAAACGCUGGUGUGGAGCCGUUCUCAUCAACGAGUGGUGGCUGGUGUCUGCAGCCCAUUGCUAUAAACCUGCUAGCAGCUUAAUUAUACAUCUGGGGGAACAUAACCUCAUUCAAGUGGAGGGGACUGAGCAGCGCAUCAAGGUCUCUAAAGUCUUCAACCAUCCUGGCUACAGCUCCUGGACAAUCGAUAAUGACAUCAUGCUGAUCAAACUACAGAGUCCAGCCCAGUUCAACGAGUAUAUCCAACCAAUCCAACUGGCAAGCAGCUGUGCUCCCGCAGGCAGUCAGUGCCUAGUGUCUGGAUGGGGAAACCUAAGAACAUCUGGAGUUCAAUACCCUGAAAGUCUUCAAUGCCUUGAUGUCCCCAUCCUCUCUGACACAACAUGUCGUAAAGCUUAUGGAAAUAGGGUCACAGACAACAUGUUCUGUGCUGGCUUUAUGGAAGGUGGCAAGGACUCUUGUCAGGGUGACUCUGGUGGUCCUUUAGUCUGUGAUGGGGUGCUGCAAGGCAUUGUUUCAUGGGGAGAUGGCUGCGCUGCUAAGAAUGCACCUGGGGUGUAUGCCAAAGUAUGCAAAUAUAACACCUGGGUGGCAGAAAUAAUUGCAAAGAACUAAAUGUAUCCAGUAGAGUUAUAGAUGGUAAUAAAAAUUUGAAAAGCAA